AUGAGCGAACAGGACCUGACCAGCUCGUUGAUGGAGCUUCACAUCAAGGUGGGGGCCACUAACGUACCGCAAUCCAUUGCAGAGGAGACCGGAGACACCGCGAGCGGGUCGGAUUCGGAGUCGCUGGACGACGAGAGCACAAUCAAGAAAGACCCCCAGAAAACAAAGAUAACCCUCAACCAGAGCAUGAUGCUGUCCAAAUUGCCCGCCAAAACCACGUCGGCCGUGCUGACGGUAUCGAAGCCCACAGAGGCCAAGGUGCAGAUCCGGUUCAAGUCGAUCGGGUCGAUUAACCAGGUGCGCCCGGCCGUGUUCAAGAUCAGCAAGAGCUCCAAAUUCUCUUCCAUCAUCAAGUUUCUGGAACUCAAGCUGGGACGCAAAGUGUACUGCUACCUAAACAACUCGAUGAGCCCAAACCCGGACGAGGAGCUUGAGAAUUUGUACAACCUGUUCCGCGUAGGCGACGAGCUGAUUGUGAGCUACUGUAAUAUAGUUGCAUUUGGGUGA